AUGGGCAGCAAGACCUGGCAGGAGUCAAAGGUGCUGUGGCACAUCGCGCUCCCGGCGAUCCUCACCACCGUGUUCCAGUUCUCCAUCGGCUUCGUCACCAUCGGCUUCGUCGGCCACAUCGGGGAGGUCGAGCUCGGCGCAGUCAACGUCGCUAUAAACGUCAUCGAGGGCUUCGCCUACGGUGUCAUGGUACGCACCGACUGUGUUCUGGGCUUCUGGCUAAAGCCCACCACGAGUCAUGGACACGUUGGCAUGGGUAGCGCGCUGGAGACGCUAUGCGGGCAGGCGGUGGGCGCAGGGCAGGUGGACAUGCUCGGUGUCUACAUUCAGCGCUCCUGGAUCAUUUGCGGCGCCACCGCGCUGUUGUUCGCCUACGCCGCCAAUUUCCCACUGCAGAAGUUCUUCCAGGCGCAAAGCAAGGUCUGGGCCAUGACCUUCAUCUCCGGCGUGGGGCUCGCCUUCCACAUCGUGCUCAACUACGUCUUCGUCACGCGCCUUGGCCACGGCCUCUUCGGCGCCGCCAUGAUCGGAAAUGUCACCUGGUGGAUCAUCAUCGUUGCGCAGUUCGCCUACCUCGUCUCCGGCUGCUUCCCGGAGGUGUGGAAGGGGUUCUCCAUGCUCGCCUUCAAUAACCUCGCCGCCUUCGUCAAGUUGUCCCUCGCCUCCGCUGUCAUGCUCUGCUUGGAGCUGUGGUACUACAGUGCAGUGCUCAUUCUUGUCGGUCUCCUGAAGAAUGCUCAACUCCAGGUUGACGUCAUCUCAGUUUGCAUCAAUUACCAGCUCUGGACCCUUAUGGUGGCUCAGGGUGGACACGUGGUCGAGAUGAAGCGUUAG